CAUUAGAUUGUAAGAGCUACAUUAAACGACCUUGAUGAAAAAUAAAAAGAAUAAAGAAGAAAAGAAACAUAAAGUUGGGGAUAUUCAACAGCUACAUUGUCUUGUUUUGUUUUGCAGUACUCUGAAGCUUCAAUAGAUGGCGUUAGUGAAAGUGAUGGCGGCUGAUAGAAGUUAUGCAUUUCCCGAAUAGCUGCAGGUGUAAUCGCGAUUCCUCUGCUUUAAGGUGUACGUACGUCACGAAGUUUUUACAUUCUUCAGCCUUGACACGUCAUUCUGGUGCUUCUUUUCGCCCGCGGGAGAGAAAAUUUUUCCUCGGUCGAGUACGUCCACAAUCAGGGAGUUAAUGGUUCUGUAGGGAGUCUUACACAUUGCUUGAUUUUGCUUUUUUCAGACGGAAAAAUCUCAAUGAUGGCUGAUUGGGCUACGUAAAGUUUACCGUGCGCCGAAUUGAAGUUGAGUCUUCAUUAUGUCUCAUCAUAGUGAUGAUGGAAUGCUUAUUGCUGGAAGUGAUAGUUUCUGGGAGCCUGGCAAUUAUAAGAAGACCACCAAGCGUAUUGAAGAUGGUUUUCGUUUAUCAAAUGAUAUGAUAACAUUAAUUCAAGAGAGAUGUGAAAUAGAAAAAGUAUUUGCUAAAAGUUUGAGAAAUUGGUCAAAAAAAUGGAAUGAAUUGAUUGAAAAGGGCCCUGAGUAUGGUACAACAGAAGCUGCAUGGAAAGCAGCUUUAGUAGAAGCUGACCGCCGAUGUGAUAUGCAUAUAAGAGUUAAGGAACAUUUGAUUAAUGAUGUUGUCAAUCAAAUUAAGCUGUGGCAGAAAGAUAAUUAUCAUAAAUCUAUGAUGACUCUCAAGGAAAGGAAAGAAAUGGAUGAUGCAUUCAAAAAAGCUCAAAAACCAUGGGCUAAACUAUUGCAAAAAGUUAAUAAAUGCAAGUCUGAAUAUCAUACAGCUUGCAAAAAUGAACGAUCAGCUAUAAAUCAAGAAAGGAAUGCAUCAAGUGAUACAUCUCUUUCUCCUGAUCAGGUUAAAAAGUUACAAGAUCGUGUUUCCAAAUGCAAAGAUGAGGUUCAAAAAACAAAAGAACGAUAUGAACAAGCUCUUCGGGAAAUAAAUGAUUACAAUGCGAAGUAUAUGGAAGAUAUGACUGUCGUUUUUGAUAAAUGCCAAGAAUUUGAAGAAAAAAGGCUGAAUUUUUUUAAAGAGAUGCUUUUUGGUAUAUGCACCUGCCUUAAUAUAUCAACAGAUCCAGAGCUUCCACAAAUUUAUGAAGAAUACAGACAUUCCAUACAAAAUGCUGAUGCCAGCAAAGACUUGAAAUGGUGGUCAAACAAUCAUGGAGUUGGUAUGGCAAUGAAUUGGCCUGUUUUUGAGGAUUAUUCUGAAGAGUUCCGGGAUAUUGUAGGAAAAAGCAAGAAAGCUCCAUUUCCAGAAAGUGGCAUAAUGCUGGUCAAUCAGCACAGAAUUGGCGAAGAUCUUCCUGAGUAUAAUCCUGAUUUCCAUAAUGUGUCAAAGAAAGAAAAGAAGAAUGAUGCUGGAAUAACUCUUACUAAUAUUCAAAACAAUCAGACAAAAAAUGGCAAUAAAGAAAAAAAUAUCUCCAACAGAAAUUCAGGAGUUAGCUCAAAUGGACGUCAGGAUCCAAAUCCUUUUGAUGAUGAUCAAGAAGACUGGGAUGAAGGUUCUAAUGAUGCUUUGGUUGACAAUGGAGAACCUGGUGUUCCAGUCAAAGCACUUUAUGACUAUGAAGGUGCUGAAGCAGAUGAGCUUUCUUUUAAAGCAGGAGAAGUGUUUGAAAAACUGGAAGAUGAAGAUGAGCAGGGUUGGUGCAAAGGAAGGAAAGAUGGUCGUGUAGGCCUUUAUCCUGCAAAUUAUGUUGACCGUGUUAAUAAUUAAAAUAAGAUGGCAAACUUUCUUGUGACUUUUUAUGAAGUGAGAACUUUAUAAACUUUUUAUGUUUCCCAUGAGAAGUCAUUUUCCAUAUUAGUCCAAGUGCCAUCUGCUCAUUGUGUGCAAUUUUUAAAAGUAUUUAAAGAGUCUGAAAAUUCUUUUAAUUUGUUUUUUGUAUAUCUGAAAAGAAUUUUUCUUUAGAAUUAUCAUUUUCAGUAUACUUUGAUACGGUGUUUUAUAUUUAUUAAUUAUUUUUAAUGCUUUAUAAAAUUAUUCCAGGUUUCAUUCCAUUAUCAAAAUUAUCUUGCCUUCUAUUUUAAUAUUAAUUGCAAGUAAAAUAUAAUUUUUUCUACAUCAAAUGUUGGUUUUUUGCAUUACUUUGUAUAAAUUCUUUCUCAUACUGUUUGGUUGUGAAUAAUUCUACCCUUUUUUUGCCUUAUAUUUUGUUAUUAGAUUUGUGAUUUUUGUUAUGUUCCCUUGUGAUGUCUGUCUGUAAUUCUUUUAAUUCCUUGAAUUGUCUUUCAUUUUACAUCCAAGACUGUAAGCUGAAUUUGAGGUAUGGUUACUGUGAUAAAUAUUUGGAUGCAUUAAAAUUGGUUCUUUCAGUUAAUUAAAAAUUUUUUCGUUUGCAUAAAUGCAAGCCUUAUAUGAAGAGAACAAUAUCUUUCUUUUAUUAUAUCUGAAAACAGGCUUUUAUAUUUUCUUUAUAUUGUACUCAGUUUUAUUUCGAUCAUAUAAGCUAGCAAUAUGUUAUCAUAAAAUAGUAUGAAAUUUUUGUUUAAGUAUAUCAAAAAUUAAAUUAAACUAUUAAAAAUUAUUUAAUCGUUUAAUAUAUUGAUGCAGAUAUUCAUAGAUUUUUUUAGGUUAUAAAUUUCUGGGUGUGAUUUCUUCCUCCAUAAGUAAUAUGUUAAGAUUUUUCUAAUUAUUUAAAUGUUGUUUAUUAUAUUCAUCUUUUAUGAUGUUUUUAAAAAGUCUUAAUUUAUCCAUAAUGUUCAGGAAAAGUUCAUCUGUCUAAUGAAGAUUGUCUCUCAUAUUUUGAUAUUUGUUUUCUGAUAUUUUAUAAAAAUCAGUGAAUGAAAUAUUUCAUACUAGGAUUUUGAAGUGAAACAUUAUUCUGAAUACUGUUUUUAAUUUUGUUAUAAAAUUGUUAAUUUUUAUGACAUACUUCUGAAUUUCACAGUAUCAUCAUAUGUUUCUAAUUACAUCAGUGUUGAUCAUUAUUGUUCCUCCAUAAUUCCUCUUUGAACACUGUCUGUAUAUGGCUUGAAAAAUCAACAUUGUAAACAAUUUUCAUGUAUUGAAACAAAUGUAUAUGUUUAUGUUUUUACUAGUAAUUUUAAUUUUUAUUAGUAAAAAAUUUCAUCAAAAAAAAUUUGCUCUUAAUGCACUUGUGCAAUAUAAUUUUCCAAUUAAUUAUUGUAAAUUUUAUUUUCCUCUUUUGUGUGUUUUAUACAUGUAUUCCUUGUGUUAUUCCAUUGCUCAUUCUUUCUGUGUGUAUGUGUAUCAUGCCUCCUAUGUAGUGAAAUAAAUUAAUGAAUUUUCACAAUUGAAAAAUGUAAUAGAUUAUUUGUAAAAUUGUACAUCAUGCAAGAAGGAUAUAUCUAAUUGCUUGAUAAUUUAAAAACAAUAAUUUUUGUGAUAUAUAUGUUAAAUGUUGUGUUAAAGUCUGGACUAGAGCAUAUACUGAAAAACAUGUAAUAUAACUACUUCUUUGAUAUGCGUCAAUUUUUUUUUUCUCUCUUAUUCAUCAAGAAGGUUUUGAUUAUUAUGAUUUUAAUUUGAUGAAAGACUAAAUUUUUUAUUCUACUGGUCCCUUUUUUUUAAAUAUUUUUUCACUAAAGUUAUGUUACAUUAAACAGGCUUAUUCCUUUUAGUAUUUUCUGAAAAAUUUUUUUAAGUAUUAUUUAUUAAUGGCUUAUUUUAUAUUUAAGGUGCAACUAAAAAUCUUUAAAAUUUUCAUGUAUGUUCCUUUUGAGCUUAUUUCGUAGAUCUUCCUGUGUUUUUCUUGAUCACAAAUUUUAAAUACUAUAUGUAUUCCCUCCCCCUGAUAUAAAAGGCUCUCAGGAAACUUUUAUAAAUUUUGUUUCUUUGUAUAGUUUCUAAGUUAAAAAUAAUUGUUCUUUCUUUUUUUUUUUUUUUUUUUGUUAAAAAUAGGUUUUGUUGAUAUGGAUUUUGCAUGUUUACGUUAAAUUUGUUAAUAUAGUUGAAAAGAAUCUCUGAUCUUUUAUUUUCACAUAUCUAAUGUAUUUAACUAGGUUGAUUAAUUUGUAUAUAUAAUAUGUUUUAGUGUAAAUACUUUUUUAUUUUAUUUCUUAUUUGUUCAUGAAUGUUAAUAACUGAUUUGCCAGAUUAAUAUAUUAAAGCACGGAAAUAAUUGUUAAUUGUUUUUGUGCUUUAGUCAGUGCUUCCUUUUGAAGUAGCAGCUUGUAGUAAAAAUAUUUCUUGAUGGUCUAAAAUUACAAUUAUAUAAUUAUAUGUAAUUUUUGUGUGCAAAAGUUUCAUAUCAUGGAAUCUAAAAGUAAUUUUAAUCAUUCAUUCAACAUAGUUCAAAUGAAGUUUAUUUUAUUGAAUCUAGUUUGAAAGACUGAAGCAUGUAUUAAAAUUUUAUUUGUUAAGGUCAAGAAAUUAUAUUUUAAAAAUAUGUAUAUUUGUUUAUUUAUAAAGAUCUGAAGUUUGAAAAGGUGGGUUUUGAUUUUACUUAGAGAUAUUGUUAUACUGUUCAGCAUAGUUCAUAAUUUUUGAAAAUCUGUAACUUCACUGUUGACUAUUUGUAAUUCUAUAAAUGUUAUACCCAAAUCCCUUUUGAAAGAGAAAUGUAUUGUUCAAAUCUUAGGAGCUUCUCGAGUUCAAAUAUAGCACAAUUCCUGUGCAAAAAUUACAAUGAGCACCUAUUUUGGCCAUCCAUUUUUAUAACUCUAAAAGCAGACGUGUUUAGCUUUCAUCUGCAAAUCUAAAAGUGUUUCACUUUAUAUGCAUUGUAUCUUAAUAUGUACAUUAAUCCCAAUAAAAAAAUGUCACUGCUGAAAUAUGUAAGUAAUAACAAUAAGUACCAAAAGAAUCUGAAAUUAUAUAUAAUGGCUGUACUUGCACAUCUUUUCUACUACAGUGCAUAGUUAUGUUUAUUAUACCAUCCGACUCUUAUAAAUUAUUAACUUAGACAGUAUUCCAUUAGUCUAUAUUAACUUUUUAUCUAUUUUAAAUUUUCAUGCUUGCUAUAUUAAUUGUAUGAGAUUAAAAUUCAUAAAUUGAUCUGCUGUAGAAGUACAAUAUAGUCAUGUUCAGAUGUAGAAAUGCAUAUAUAUAUAUAUAAUGCAUAUUUUUUAAAUUCAAGGGAAAUUAUUUUAGCUAAAUAUAUGACCUUUUUGUUUAAAAUAUCAUAUGAGUAUGGGAUCAAUUAACUGUGAUGAUGUAUGUAUAUCACAUGCCAAAGUAAACAUGAUAUACAAAAAGAAAUCAGCCUAAAUCUUUUUCUUUCUGAUUUUUAUUUAUUACUACAUAAGGAUACAGUGAGAGUAUAAAAACCUUUCCAAGUUUUAUUUGUAAAAUAAAUUUUCUUCAUUUCAAGAAAUUUCCUAUCCCAUAAAAGGAGAAAAUAUAUAUAUUAUCUCAAAAUUGAAUUGAAGGGAAAUUUCAGAAUGAAGCUCAGGAAAUUAUAUCUAGAUUUAAAUAAUUGGUAUUUUUUUUUAAAUCAUGCAAAUUAUAUGUGUAAAUUCUUUUCUCUUUGUAAUGAUAUAGAACAUACAUAUUUUAUUAAUAUUUAUUUCAUCAAUUCGUUAUAUGUUUAUGUGCAAGUAUCUAAUUUGAUAGUCAUGGCACAUGUUGUGUUUUUCAGUUUUAUUAGUUUCAGUAUUUAGAAAUGACUGCAACUUACACAUUUUGAAUUGCUUUUAUUUGAUGCCAUGAAAUUUUAGUUUUUGUAUAUGUAAGUUGUAUUUCAUAUCUUUGAGCAACAAUGUUCCAAAUGUGUUAUGUCACUCAUCCGUGUAAUAAAAAAUGUAUAUUUUUCAUAAACGAGAUGCAAUCCUUGCAAAUGAUUUUAAGCCAUUCAGUCUGGAAUGUAGUAAUAUGUCCAUAUAAUUAAUGAAAAAUAUUUUGGAAAAUAUAUAAAUAAAUGUGUAUACAAAUAUAUAUAUAUACUAUACUGCUGAUUGAUAUAACAAUGUUUAACAAAUUGCUUUGUACAAAUUUUUAAGGCAGCUGCACCUUAUUAGUUAAUAAAGUCAAUGAUUUUGCACAAA